CGGAAGCAGUGGGGAGGUUGGAGCCGAGAGAGCAGGGCGGGGAUCGGAGCUAUCGCGGCAGUGUUAGAGCCGCGCCGGGAUCUCGUCCUCGCAGCUUCCGGGCUCCAUUGUUGGGCGGCCCCAGGCUCCCUCCCGCCCCGUCCGGGCCCGGGUGGUGGCAGCGGUCAGAGGUCCCCCCAGUAUGGAGCCGCAGAAGGAGCUGGGCCAGCGCCGCGCCGGGAGCGAAACGCAGCAGGAAGAGAAGGAGGAGGAGAAAAAAGAGAAAGAGGAGGAGGAGGAAAAAAAGGCAGAGAAGGAGGUGAAAGAGGCGGCAGAAGAGAAAGAGCAGCAGGAGGAAGGUGAAGGUAAAGCUGCCGCGGAGCCCUGUGUGCCAGGCGAGCAGUGCCCCGAGUGCGGGCAGAGCCUCCCGCCCGGCUGGCAGCCGGGGAAGCAGCAGUGCCCCCAGCCUGGCACCCAGCGCUUCAUCUGCACCCACUGCGGCCAGAGGCGCUCCAGCCUCCGGCGGCGGCAGCGGGGAGGCGCCCAGGCGGGCCCCAAGCUUGGUAUGGUGUGCGAUGAGUGUGGCCAGAGCUUUGCCAGCAUCAUUGGUCUUGCGGAGCACCUCGAAAUCCAUGCUGGGAAGAAACGGUUUCCCUGUGGAGAGUGUGGCAAGAGAUUUGCCCGCAGGUCUGGUCUCAGGAGGCACCUCAACAUCCAUACUGGGAAUAAACCGUUCUCCUGCCGUGAAUGUGGCAAGAGCUUUGCCAGCAGCACUGGUCUUAGGGAGCAUCUCAACAUCCAUGCUGGCAAGAAACCGUUCUCCUGCUGUGAAUGUGGCAAGAGCUUUGCCAGCAGGUCUGGUCUCAGCUGCCAUCUCAACGUCCAUUCUGGGGAGAAACGGUUUUCCUGUCGUGAGUGUGGCAAGAGCUUUGCCAGCAGCUCUAGCCUUAGCCAGCACCGCAACACCCAUGCUGAGGAGAAACAGUUCCCCUGCCGUGAGUGUGGCAAGAGCUUUGCCAGCAGCUCUGGCCUUAGCCAGCACCGCAACAUCCAUGCUGGGAAGAAACCGUUCUCCUGCUGUGAGUGUGGCAAGAGCUUUGCCAGCAGCUCUGGUCUUACAGAGCAUCUCAACAUCCAUGCUGGCAAGAAACCGUUCUCCUGUCGUGAGUGUAGCCAGAGCUUUGCCAGCAGGUCUGGUCUCAGCUGCCAUCUCAACGUCCAUUCUGGGAAGAAACGGUUUCCCUGUCGUGAGUGUGGCAAGAGCUUUGCCAGCAACUCUGGUCUUAUGGAGCAUCUCAACAUCCAUGCUGGGAAGAAACCGUUCUCCUGCCAUGAAUGUGGCAAGAGCUUUGCCAGCAGGUCUGGUCUCAGUCGCCAUCUCAACAUCCAUUCUGGGGAGAAACGGUUUUCCUGUCGUGAGUGUGGCAAGAGCUUUGUCAGCAGCUCUGGCCUUAACCAGCACCGCAACACCCAUGCUGAGGAGAAACAGUUCCCCUGCCGUGAGUGUGGCAAGAGCUUCACCACCAGCACUGCUCUAAUCCAGCACUGGCAUGUCCACACCGGGGAGAAGCCUCACAGCUGCAGUGUCUGUGGCAAGAGAUUCACAACACGCUUUAGUCUCCUGGAGCACUUGAACCUCCACGCAGGGGUGAAGCCAUACACCUGUAGUGUCUGUGGCAAGAGCUUUACCCACAGGUCGACUCUCAUGCAGCACCGAUGGAUCCACAGUGAGGUGAAGCCGUACAGCUGCAGUGACUGCGGCAAGGGUUUCCUGUACAAGGUCCAACUGACCAAGCACGAACGGCACUGCAGCCACCAGGAGAUGAAGAGCUCCAGCAAACCUCCCAGGGGUCCACUCAGCCAGGGCCAUGAGCAGGAGGAUCAGGAAGGGGAGAAAGAGCAGCAGGAGGAAGGUGAAGCUAAAGGUGUCGUGGACCCCUCUGUGCCAGACGAGCAGUGCCCCAUGGAGCAGCAGGGAGGCGCCCAGCCAGGCACCAAGCUGCAGUUGGGCUGCAGUGAGAGUGGCAACUGCUUUGCCAGCAGCUCUGCCCUCAGCCAGCUCCAGCAACUCCAGCCUAGGAAGAAGUUCCCCUGCAGUGACUGCGGCAAGAGCUUUAGCAGCAAAAUGGCUCUGAGAUUUCACCGCAACAUGCACGCUGGGGAGAAGCCUUACAGCUGUGACAAGUGUGGCAAGAGCUAUGCCAGCAGCUCUACUCUCAGACUGCACCGCCAAAACCAUGCUGUGAAUAAGAAGUUCCCCUGUGACAAGUGUGGCAAGAGCUUCGCCGUCAGUUCCUACCUUCUCCGUCACCGCCUUACCCACACCGGGGAGAAGCCGUACAGCUGCGAUGUCUGCGGCAAGAGCUUUGUCCACAUCUCUGCUCUCAACUGUCACCGUCUCCUCCACACCGGGGAGAAGCCGUACAGCUGCGGUGACUGCGGCAAGAGCUUUAUCCACAUCUCUGCUCUCAACCGUCACCGUCUCCUCCACACCGCGGAGAAGCCGUACAGCUGUGAUGACUGCGGCAAGAGCUUUGUCCACAUCUCUGCUCUCAAGCGUCACCGUCUCCUCCACGCCGGGGUGAGGCCGUACAGCUGUGAUGACUGCGGCAAGGGCUUCAGGAGCACCACUGACCUCAAAAAGCACCAUUGCACUCACACCAGGGAGAAGCCUUCCACUGCGGUGAAUGUGGCAAGAGCUUCACCACCAAUGACAGGCUGAUCACUCACCGCUUGAGCCACGCCAGGGGGAUGCCAUAGAUCUGCAGUGACUGUGGCAAGAGCUUUCUCUACAGGCACGCUCUCACUCGUCACCGCUUCGUCCACACCAGGCUGGACCCAUUCAGCUGCACUGAGUGUGGCAAGACCUUCGGCAGCAUCACCAAUCUCAAAGGUCAGCACCGCAUUCACACCGGGGAGAAGCUGUAGAGCUGUGGUGACCGUGGCCAGAGCUUUGCCAGCAGCUGUGGUCUCAGCUCUCACUGUCACCUUCACACCGGGGAGAAGCCGUAAGGCCGUGGGCACUGUGGUAAGAGCUCCUGGUACGAGCGCGACCUGGACCUGCCCCUGCGCAGCCGCAGCCACCAGAAGGUGAUA